UUGGCCAGCGGCGGCUGUGAGCGGUUGCUGGGGCGGCGGCGAAGAGCGUUGGGCUUACCUCACGGCUUUCCCGUGUCGUAACGUCUCCACUGCCGGCUUCCUCCUCGAACCGCUGUGGGCUCGCGAGCCCCCCGAUUCCGAUAUGGCGACCUGCAAUCCUAGCGUUAUGGCGACCCGCAGUCCCAGCGUCGUGAUUAGUGAUGACGAACCAGGCUAUGACCUAGAUUUAUUUUGUAUUCCUAAUCAUUAUGUCGAGGAUUUGGAAAAGGUGUUUAUUCCUCAUGGACUGAUUAUGGACAGGACUGAAAGACUUGCUCGAGAUGUCAUGAAAGAGAUGGGAGGCCAUCACAUUGUGGCUCUCUGUGUGCUGAAGGGGGGGUAUAAAUUCUUUGCUGACCUGCUGGAUUACAUUAAAGCACUGAAUAGAAAUAGUGAUAGAUCCAUUCCUAUGACUGUAGAUUUUAUCAGACUGAAGAGCUACUGUAAUGAUCAGUCAACAGGGGACAUAAAAGUAAUUGGUGGAGAUGAUCUCUCAACUUUAACUGGAAAGAAUGUCUUGAUUGUUGAAGAUAUAAUUGACACUGGUAAAACAAUGCAAACUUUGCUUUCCUUGGUCAGGCGGUACAACCCCAAAAUGGUUAAAGUUGCAAGCUUGCUGGUGAAAAGGACCUCUCGAAGUGUUGGAUAUAGGCCAGACUUUGUUGGAUUUGAAAUUCCAGACAAGUUUGUUGUUGGAUAUGCCCUUGACUAUAAUGAGUACUUCAGGGAUUUGAAUCAUGUUUGUGUCAUUAGUGAAACUGGAAAAGCCAAAUACAAAGCCUAAGACGAGAGUUCAAGUUGAAUCUGCAAAGAUGAGGAGUCCCAUUGAUGUUGCCAGUACAAUUAGCAAGCCUUCUAGCUCUGCGGCCAUCUGCUUAGUACAGCUUUUUGCAUGAAACUUCUACGAAUUUUAUGUUUUUUAUUUUUAGAAAUGUCAGUUGCUGCAUUCUUGAUCUUUUUAUUUGCACUAUGAGCCUAUAGGCCAACUAUUGGUUCCCUUUGGUAGAUUGUCGCUUACCUUGUGAGCAAAAUAAAUCUCUUAAAUUACCACUAUUAAAUAAUACUAAGAUUGUAUCUGUAAGAAGCAUUUAAAGAGAAGAUAUAUUAGUUUUUUAAUUGGUAUUUUAAUUUUUAUAUAUCCAGGAAAGAAAGAUGUGAUUGAAUAUUGUUAAUCAGACCACGUGUGUUUAGAUCAGUCUGAAGCCCUCAGCUUCAUGUCAGUACCCAUCUAAGAAGUUUUGCUCAGUGGAAUAAACAUGUUUCAGCAGUGUUGACUGUAUUUUCCCACUUGGAUUGUUUCAGUGAAUCGUUGUCAACAGUUCCUUUUAAAUACAAAUAAAUAAAUUCUAAAAAUUUACUACUUUUUGAAUUCUUGAAUGUGAAAGUCCUUAAACUAAGGACUAUCUCUUAUAGAACUCUACAUGCCUGUCAUUUCCCUAAAAAUUACCUUGGUACAAUUUUCCAUUGGUUACCUUUUCCUUAAGUUUUAGUAGGUAAUUUAAUUGUUAUUUAAUUGCAAGUAAUGGUUAUCUGGUAGAAUGGUUUGGUAGCACUAGGAAAGCUCCUACCUACUUGAGACUGUAAAUUACAGGCAGUACUAUUUACUACACUUCCUUCUGUUAAAAGAACACGGCUCUCGGAUUUCUGAGAGGUUGUUCAGACUGCAGUUUGACCUACAAAUUUGUUUUCAGACAUGUCCUGUUACCUUCUUUGUGUAGAUAAAGCUUUAUUAACCAAAGAACAAUAACAAUAAAACAUUGUUUUGUGUUUUGGGAGCAAGAGAAAUAUUUUAA